AUGGCACUACGAAAGAUGUAUAUUAAGAAAGAUGAAGUUGCUAGAAAUGAAAAUCCCAUAUCGAAUAAUGGGGGUAAAACCAAAGUUUAUAAAGGAAAUUUUAAGGGACAAGAUGUGGCAAUAAAAAUAAGCGAGCAUGAUCAAGAAACGACACGACAUGAAUUUUAUAUAUAUUACAGAUUACGUUCAUAUCCAAAUAUAAUAAAAUGUCUUGGGAUAAUGUCAUUGCCAAAUCGAAAAUUAUCCUUAAUAUUCGAAUACGCACCCAAAGGCAAUUUACAUGAUUACUUGAAAUCCUCCUCAUUAUCAUGGCAAGAAAAAUCUAAAUUAUCAAACGAAAUACUAUUGGGAAUGGAAUAUUGUCAUGAAAAACAUAUUUUCCAUUUGAACUUGAAAUUGUCAAACAUAUUAAUUAUGGAAGAUGGUAUAAUCAAAUUAACGGAUUUUAAGGUUAAUAAUAAUAAAGGAGGAGCUGAUAAGAGUGAUGUUGAAAAGGGUGUUGAGAGAGAUUCCUUAUAUUGGUUCUCACCUGAAAGAAUUUGUAAAGACGAGAAAAUUAAAAUGUGGUUUGAGGAAAAACCUCACUUGUCAGAUAUUUAUUCUUGUGGACUUAUUCUUUGGAGCGAUUGUCCUGGAGAUUAUCUUGAAACCAUUAAUAAUUUAACAAACUAUAAUCCCAAAGAACGUUAUUCCCUUUCGACAGCUAUUGCUAAAUUACAAUCAAUAUUUCUAGAGGAAAAAAUGUCCGAUUCAGAUCAGAUUGUGAACGUAGAACAACAACAGAGCAUGAACGUCAAAAUGGACAAUACCGACGAAGAAACGUCAAAUCAACCGCGUAAUUCGAUUUCAUCUCCAGAUCUUAAACAUUUCGUUGUAAAGUCACUAUCUGAACAAGAUAAAAAAGAAAGAAGACAUAGCUCGGCAGAAAUAGUUGAAAAUAAUAUGAAAUCAUCUAGAAGAAGUGGAGUUGGAUUUCAAGAGAAUCCAAUUCUUAUAAAUCCAAGGACAAGUUGUUCCACCAAUAUAAGUUUUUAUUAUCAACCAUCUCAACUACCAUCACCAUUGUCAAAUUCAUAUUUUCCCACACCUAGUAUUAAUUCGCAACUUAGUUUUAUUGAGGAACUAUUUGAAUUUUAUCAAUCACAGGUUAGAAUAGAUUUAGUCAGUUUUCCAAAACAAUUUGAUUAUUGGUUAAAAUCGAAACAAUUAAAUCCAGCGUCAAUAUUUGAAUUAGUCAAAAAUAUUCCAUCACAAAAAUAUUAUGAAUCUUUGCUUGGGAUGCUUUACGAGAACGGUAUAGGGACAAUACAAAAUAAGAUCUUGGCAUUUCAUUGUUAUACAAUGGGAAAAGACAAUAAUGAUCCAAUAUCAAAAGCUUUACUGGCUAACGCUCAUUUUAUUGGAUGUGGUACCAAAAAGAACAUUAAACAAGCUUUUGCGUUAUGGAAAAGGUAUGCUAACGAGGGGAAUAUCUGGUGUCAAUUCAUGUUGGCCGAAUAUUAUUUUCAUAGUACCAUUUCAGUUCAUUGUUUUGGUAAGACAGAUUUAUUUUUAAAAGACGGUAGUAAGGAAGCAUUUACGUGGUAUAUGAAAUCCGCACAAGGUGGUUAUAUUAGUGCCGAAUAUAAAGUUGGUUGUUGUUACAAGAAGGGUUUUGGCGCCAUCAAGAGUAGUCUUGCCGCUUUUCAAUGGUAUCUAAAAGCCGCCAUUAAUGGAUUCAUGAUUGCUCAAUAUAAGGUUGCAAAAUGUUAUCAAAAAGAAAGCGAUGGACAUGGUAAUUAUAACGAAAAGAAGGAUGAAAAUGAAGCGUUUAAAUGGUAUUUAAAAUCUGCUUCUAAUAGAUAUGAAAAGGCAAUGAAAAUUGUUGCCGAAGAAUAUGAAAAUGGAAUUCACGUUGAUAAGGAUUUAGUCGAAGCAAGAAAAUGGUAUGAACUAGCCUUCUUAUUGGAUUUAGAUUGGGCUUGCGCCAAAUUAAAGCAAUGGUGCAAACAAGAUAUUAUUGUAAGUAUAUGUCUCAAAUAUUGUAUUUGUUUCACUAUAAGUUUAUAA